AAAGUGGCGGAGUCGGCGCGGCUUGUGGCGGCAACAACCCUGCUCUCCUACCCCGGAGGGAGACGGAGGAGUUCAACGAUCUCCUGGACCUGGACUUUAUCCUCUCCAAUUCACUGUCCCAUCCGGAGUCAGUGGCCGCCACCGUGUCCUCGUCGGCAUCGGCAUCAGCCUCAUCCUCGUCCUCCCCAUCGAGCAGCGGUCCUGCCAGCGCGCCCUCCACCUGCAGCUUCAGCUAUCCGAUCCGGCCCGGAGGGGACCCGGGCGUGGCGCCGGGCAGCACUGGCGGCGGCGGCCUCCUCUAUGGCCGGGAGUCCGUGCCCCCUCCCACAGCUCCCUUCAACCUGGCGGACAUCAACGACGUGAGCCCCUCGGGCGGCUUCGUGGCUGAGCUGCUUCGGCCCGAAUUGGACCCAGUGUACAUUCCGCCGCAGCAGCCGCAGCCGCCAGGUGGCGGGCUGAUGGGCAAGUUUGUGUUAAAGGCGUCGCUGAGUGCCCCUGGCAGCGAGUACGGCAGCCCGUCGGUCAUCAGUGUUAGCAAAGGCAGCCCGGAUGGCAGCCACCCGGUCGUGGUGGCGCCCUACAGCGGCGGGCCACCGCGCAUGUGCCCCAAGAUCAAGCAGGAGGCGGUCUCGUCGUGCACCGUCGGUCGGCCCCUAGAGGCCCACUUGGGCACUGGACCUCCUCUCAGCAAUGGCCACCGGCCACCAGCGCACGACUUCCCCCUGGGGCGGCAGCUCCCCAGCAGGACUACCCCGACCCUGGGUGCCGAGGAACUGCUGAGCAGCAGGGACUGUCACCAUGCCCUACCGCUCCCCCCGGGCUUUCAUCCCCACCCGGGGCCCAACUACCCACCCUUUUUGCCGGACCAGAUGCAGCCUCAGGUCCCACCGCUCCAUUACCAAGAGCUCAUGCCUCCUGGUUCCUGCAUGCCAGAGGAGCCGAAACCAAAGAGGGGGAGAAGGUCGUGGCCCCGGAAAAGGACAGCCACUCAUACUUGUGAUUAUGCGGGCUGCGGCAAAACCUACACGAAGAGUUCUCAUCUCAAGGCGCACCUGCGAACCCACACAGGUGAGAAGCCCUACCACUGUGACUGGGACGGCUGCGGGUGGAAAUUCGCCCGCUCCGACGAACUGACCAGGCACUACCGCAAGCAUACCGGGCACCGCCCCUUCCAGUGCCAGAAGUGCGACCGGGCCUUCUCCAGGUCGGACCACCUCGCCUUACACAUGAAGAGGCACUUUUAAAUCCCCAAACAGUGGAUAUGACCCACACUGCCAGAAGAGAAUUCAGUAUUUUUUUUUGAUCUUUCACAGUCUUCCCCCCACUCCCCGGGGUUGGGGGCGGCGGGGGGAGGAACCCAGCUGGAAAGCACUACAAUCAUGGUCAAGUUCCCAACAAGCCAACUUGUGAAUGGAUAAUCAGGAGACGCAAAGAAACCAGAAGACAAAUCAAAGAACCGAUGGGGUCUGUGACUGGAUCUUCUAUCAUUCCAAUGCUAAAGCCAACUUGAAUAUUCUUGGACUUAGAAAACACCAAGGGGGUGACUGGAAGGUGUGGAUAUCAGGGUAUAAAUUAGAUCCAUGAGUUGGGGGGAGGGAAGACCAGAAUUCCCUUGAAUUGUGUUUCGAUGCAAUAUAAGCAUAAAGAUCACCUUGUAUUCUCUUUGCCUUCUAAAAGCCAUUAUUACGAUAUUAGAAGAGGAAGAAAUUCAGGUACAGAAAAUGUUUUUAAUAACCUAAACGAUGGUGCUUGGUGAGUCUUGGUUCUAAAGGUACCAAAUGAGGAAGCCAAAGUUCUCAAACUGCUGCAUACUUUGACAAGGAAAAUCUAUAUUUGUCUUCCGAUCUACAUUUAUGACCUAAGUCAGGUAAAUACGCCUGGUUUAUUUCUUUUAACAUUUUUAUGCAGACAGUCUGUUAUGCACUGUGGUUUCAGAUGUGCAAUAAUUUGUACAAUGGUUUAUUCCCAAGUAUGCCUUAAGCAGAACAAAUGUUUUUUUCUAUAUAGUUCCUUGCCUUAAUAAAUAUGUAAUAUAAAUUUAAGCAAACUUCUAUUUUGUAUAUUUGUAAACUACAAAGUAAAAAAAUGAACAUUUUGUGGAGUUUGUAUUUUGCAUACUCAAGGUGAGAAUUAAGUUUUAAAUAAACCUAUAAUAUUUUAUCUGAA